UUCCGAUUCUUCGAUAUUAUUUAGUGACACAUUUCUGCUGGCACACGCCAACGCCAAAGAUGUACACACAACUUUGUUUCUGUCUAGCUCUGUCCCAAGUCGCGCAUGUGCACGUUCACCCGCCAGGGCCUCAUAUGGGUCACCUGAAACUUGACUGUAUUAUCGUGCGUUUUAGGUUUUUACUAUGCAAUUGGCUUCCCAUGCACUUCCCUUGAGUCUCACCGAGCAUAUCCAUGUUUUCUUGCACUGCGGCUCAACGUUGGCCUGUGCAUUGAAAUGACGCUGGCGCUGGCAUGGUUGGCCGCGCCCACGAUCCGCCGUACCCCUCUCCAAGCUUGGUUGGCGUGACAAUCGAUGUUGCGGUGAUGCAUUCGUAUCGGUGUUGGUUCAGAGACUUCCUCAAGUCGUAGGCUUGAAGUGACAUGAGCCAGGGCAACAGCUUGGGUCAGAUUGGAAGCGAAUUUGAUAAGCUGCAAAGGUGUAUGCUGUUCGGAGGUGAUGAGACGUCUUGGAAGACGACGAGCGGGUGCUGCGAAAAGCGUAUUUAUGUAACAAGGGACAGAAUCAAUAUGAUAAGGUUAGGGGGAAGACGAUGGGUACUGGGAUGGUUCUUGAAUGGCUGUUACAGGCGGAUGGAGCCAGACUUAUCGGAAGGAGUCAAGCUGCGAGCAAUCAAAAUCUUAAAAGGGCACCUGAUUAAAUCACGGCAGGAGAAACUUGGUCAUAGUAAACAAGUUUUCUCCGGUACUGCGUGCGUGUGUAUCCAGGAGAAGCCUGUGCAUGAAGGCCAUCAGCGGCCGUUCUUAGGUAGGAAGCGCCGGGAAUCCUCGGUCAUAGAGGCCAACGGGCUGACAGUCCUAGCUAACACAACAGGGAAGUUAGUAGCGUUCUUGUUUGCCAACCGGCUCGAAUAUCAGGGUGAGGUAACAGUCGCAGGACACGAUCAGUAUUGAGACCGAAGCGAACAUAGGCGGACCUGCCCUGAAUGCUGGCUGUGGAGAUGGGGAUGGGGUGUACAAGGUCAAUAAUAUGCUGUGUUGACCAAUCACGAAUCGGGGUAUUUGCAACAGCCCCUGGAGGCCUCCGAGAUAUAAAGAUGCACCAGAGACCUACCAUCUUGCGGCUCCUAAAACCAUACGAGUUGGUACCCACAAUUUAUCUGAGAUCCAAAGUAUCGAACGAAUGGUCACAACCCGCAAUGAUUCGGUCACAGGGACACUGGUGCUCACAGCGAGAACCAUCGCUGCCGUAAUGUCAGCAGACCCUAGAAUUUGAUCCUUCACUUCCACCACAUCCUUGAAUUAAGCACACAACAUAGUCCUGGGUGGAUCAAAUUUCCAUAGAG